AUGUCUGAAACAGGUCAUAUAUUAAGACCUAGAAGUGAGGGAGAUACUCUCAAAGUAGCUGAAGCAGUUCUUCGGCGAAGGAGAAUUCCAGAGAGUAAUAGGAUGUCUAAAUUUAGGGAAGAGAAACGCAAAUUGAAGAAAGAACUUCAUAAAUCUCCUAUAAAGAGCUUGAAAGCUAUUUUGAAGAGCUCUAGGGAUAAUAUCUUAGAUAAGAGAAGAUUAAGGAAUAUGAAUAAGAAACCUCUUUUAACUCCUAAAACAAGUGAUGGCAAAAAUCUCCUGAUUGUCGUAAGAAAUAGUAGACGUUGUGGUUCUGUCAAUUCGUUUAAAAUACUGAAGAAUAUGGGUCUAGUUUCUAAAUUUUCUGCAAUAAUUUUGAGUCAUUCUCAAGAAUCUUUGAAGUUAAUUCGAAGCGUAAAACCUUUUGUGUUCUAUGGAUUUCCAACAUUACAGUUACUAAAGAAUCUAAUACAUACAAAGGGAGCUUUCAAAAACGAUGAAAAACUUGGAAAUGACAAAGUAUUACUUACAGAUAACCUCUUAGUAGAAGAUAAAUUGGGAGAAAUAGGGAUCUUGUGUACUGAAGAUAUAGUAAUGUGUUUAUGGAAUGGAAGAGAACAGGGUGAGAAGUCAUUUGAUGAGAUUUUACGAAAUAUGGCUCCAUUCCAGUUGUGUGAUCUUAAAAAAGCUGAAGGUAUAGAUGCAAGAAGGUUUGAGAUGGGAUUUUUGGGGAAAAGUGUGACUAAGAAGAUCCAGAGUAUUCUCUAA